AUGCGUUAUCGCGUUCGGAAGCGCUUUGACGCCCUGAUGGCCUUGCUCUCGGAGGAACCGCGCGACUCAAGACCGUCGCGAUGGGCGGUGCCGAUGGACGACGCUACGCGCUUGCUGGAAGCGCGCAUCAUCGAGAAGGCACCCGAUGCGGAUACGCGUGGUUGGAUCCACCCCUUCUCGGUGGUGGAGGAGAAGCCCUCAGGCAAGCGCCGACGGUGGAUCGCCUGGCCGCGGGAGAAGAACGAGCAGGACCUUUACGAGACGCAGCUGGACGACUUACGCCACAUCAGCGAGUAUAUGUCCAGCGUUCAUGACGAGUGUGCCACCGUCAUGGAUCUCAAGGCCUCGUUCUUCCAGGUUUCGCUCCCCGAGCACACUCGCAGGAACUUCCGGUGCCAUUUGCAGGACGGCACUUUGGUUCAGUUGACCCGUCUGCCCAUGGGCUACAAAGCCAGUCCUGGGCUUCUGCAGAUCGUCACUUCGACGCUCGCCGCCCAUCCGCGCUACGUCAAACGUAGUUUGGCCGUCCCCACGGGUGUGAGUGUCGAUGUUUGGAUCGACAACAUUCGUUUGUCCGGGAAGAGGGCCGAAGUUGAAGUUGCUCAACAGCAGGUUCUGGUGUGUGCUGCGAACUGUGGCGCUGCUUUUGGCGAGGUCGAGAAGUGCGCCACCAAUUACGAGUUUUUGGGUGUCAACUUCUCACACGACACCAAUACGGUCAAGUUGGGGGCAAAGUUUCUGGGGAAAAUCGCGUCCGUAGCGGUACGAUCGCGGAUAACCGUCGCCGAGUUGGAGGUUCUUGCAUCUAAGCUUAUCUAUGCAGCGGCGGUACUGAACAUUCGUUUGGUUCAAUAUUACUUUCUCCUGAAAUUUGUUCGGCGCACGUUGUCAGCGCUGAAUAAGGGCCUCCUGGGCGCUUCGUCGGUGGUGGAGAUGUCCCCGUCUGUUUUCACGGAGGCUUCGGAGUUCCUCGCCAUCGUGCAGGAAAACCGGGCACGGAGUGUGGUUGCAUGCGUGCAGUCAGAGUGUCCGGUUCUGGUCACGGACGCCUCCCUCAGCGGAUGGGGGGCUGUCUUCAUAUCCCCGGCAGGACGCGUUUUCGUUGCAGGAGGUCGCUGGCACACACCCCCUGUUAUGAUCAUGGAGGCAGAGGCCCGCGCUGUUCGUUUGGCGCUCACAGCUUUCGCGGCUAAGAUUCACCGCCGCGUGCACAUCCAUGUCGACAAUACAUCUUUUCUGUUUUCGGCCCGAAAAGCUCACACAAAGUCGUGGGCGCUGGCUUCGGAGUUACGCGCCAUCUACGCGCUGGUGGACGCGCGUGGGUGGAUACCGUCCUUCGAGUACGUGCGCUCCGAGGAUAACCCCGCCGAUGGUUUAUCGCGUGGCCGCCCUUUUGAGAUACACGACUGGGCGAAGGGGCUUGACUUGCGAAGGGGAGCGGGGAAGCGUAAGGCGGGCUACCCACUUCGUAGAGUCUGUUGA